AUGACGCAAAAGCCGAGAAAGUUGUUCUCACCAAAACAUCCAGCAAGAAUUGCGUGCUGGAACAUCCGCAUGCUAUAUCAAAGUGGUAAGUGUGUCCAAGUAGCUAAAGAAAUGGAUAGAUACAACAUUGAAAUACUAGGCUUAAGUGAAGUUAGAUGGAACACAUCUGGUAUAACAACAAUAAGCAUAGACCACACCAUCGUAUAUUCUGGAAAUCCAAACAUAAAUGAUCCACAUGAGAAAGGAGUUGGAUUCUUACUCAACAAAACAUCAACGAAAGCACUGUUAGAGUGGAAUCCUAUUUCACAAAGAAUAAUUACAGCAAGAUUCGACACAAAAUUCCAGAAAACCAUCAUCAUACAAAUCUAUGCUCCAACUAAUGAGGCUAAAGAAUCUGAAAAAGAUUAUUUCUACAAUGCAUUGCAAUCCACAGUAGAUAAAACACCAAAGCGUGACAUCCUUAUCAUCAUGGGUGACCUAGAUCAGAUAGAGUAG